UUACAUUGUGUGUGUGUGUGGAAGGGUUUAAGGCUGAGAGUCGAAUUCGGUGUGUAACUCCUUCCACCUGUCAGCAACCCCCCUCCGGUGCAAAACCAGCGAUUCCAACGCACCCUCUACGCAGCAAGAUAGAGAGAGAGAGAAAGAGAGAGGAGAGAGAGAGAAUGGUAUAGUUUUCAAUAGAGACAAUGCAAAUUUUCCUAAAGUAGAGAGAGUGGGGUUUUGGGAUUCCCUCUAUGGAUAAUCACGCUAUUUUCUAGCACGAAAAGAGACAAACAUUUGGGUCCAGAAGAAACAAUGUCACCGCUAACCUCGCAGAUCUUCUCACAUUGACCUCCCUCCCCUGCUUUCUCUCUCUGCUCUCUCACUCCUCAUGGCUUGUCUUGGCCUUGAAGAAGCUCUUUCUUUGAGCAUCAGAAUUGCUUGUACAGGAAAAAUGAUGUGUAUUCCAGUAACUUACAGCAGCAAACCUCAAAAGGCAAGGCUGGUCUAUUAGGACACAGAUUUCGAGGUGGUAAAUUUUCUUCCUCUUCUGCACAAGACUUGAGAUGCUUUGAGAUGAAAAAGGAGAAAGAAGACUGUUCCUCUCCUAGGGGAGUUUUAGAAGCAUGCAUAAGAGGCGUUGAACCAGAAGCAGGUUCUUCGAAAACCAAUAUAUCGGAAUCUGAAGUCUCUUCUUCGAAUUCAAAGGCACAUCCUCGCUGGCAUAGAUUCUUCAGACUCUGGAAAACAAGCUCAAUAAAGCAGUUAUCCUCUUUUCCUUCUCUUGCUGUACCAAAGAUAUCAAGAGGAAAGAGCAGAAGUGUGAGAGAAAAUGUAGAUGCAAAUCACUAUUAUUUCCAGUCUUCCUGGAAGAACUUCACCUACCCUGACCUCCGAACUGCAACAAACAAUUUUAGCCAAGAAAAUUUGAUAGGAAAAGGUGGUUAUGCUGAAGUCUACAAGGGCUGUUUGGCAGACGGGCAGCUUGUGGCAGUUAAGCGGCUGAACAAAGGGACUCUCGAAGAGCAAAUAACAAGCUUUUUAUCUGAGAUCGGUACUAUAGCCCAUGUAAAUCAUCCUAAUACUGCAAAGUUGAUUGGGUUUGGAGUUGAAGGCGGAAGAUUUCUUGUUCUUGAGUUAUCUCCUCUGGGGAGUUUAGGAUCACUUCUUCGUGGUCCUAAGGAAAAGCUAAAUUGGGCUGUUAGGCAUAAGAUUAUUCUAGGGACUGCUGCUGGCCUACUUUAUCUUCAUGAGAAUUGCCAAAGGCGAAUUAUUCACAGAGAUAUCAAGGCUGAUAAUAUUCUGCUUACAGAUGAUUUUGAACCUCAGAUUUGUGACUUUGGGCUUGCAAAAUGGCUGCCAAAAGAUUGGACUCACCACUAUGUACCAAAAUUUGAAGGCACGUUUGGCUAUUUUGCUCCAGAGUACUUCAUGCACGGCAUAGUGGAUGAGAAAACUGAUGUGUUUUCUUAUGGUGUGCUACUUUUAGAGCUCAUUACAGGACGUGAAGCUUUGGAUGAUUCAAAGAUAAGCAUUGUGCUUUGGGCAAAGCCAUUGCUUGAUAACAAUAGUGUUGAGGAACUUGUUGAUCCUUCUCUUGGUGAUCAUUAUGACCCAGAUGAGAUGGAUCGUGUCAUCUUGACUGCCUCUUUAUGCAUAGAGCAAACUCCAAUUCUACGUCCUCGAAUGAGUCAGGUUUUAAUACUUCUAAAAGGUGAAAGUUACAUAGUGGAUUCUUCAAAAGAAAGUCAAAAUCGGUCCCUCCAACGAACAUUCUCCGAAGAGCUCUUGGAUGCAGAAGAGUACAAUUCAACCAAGUAUCUGAGCGAUCUCAAUCGACACAAGGAGGUAGCUUUGGGUUCUUCAAAUCAGUAGUCAAAUUAUCCCAUAAGUGUUGUGAAAACUAGUUUUUCCAUAAUUCAUUCAGAUUCAGAAAUUAGAAGUACCAAUGGAAAGCUCAAGAUGGAGUGUUGUGUAAAAAAACAUGUUGAACUUUGUUUCCAUAUGGCACUCAAAACUGAAUUUGCUAAUAUGGAGUUUUUGGUUCAUGAUUAGGGAAAUCAAAUUGUGAAUACUUAAGCUAUGUUUGGUGUUGCCUAUAACUUUAAAAAACAAUGAUAAUAAUAAAAAAAAAAAUUGGGUAGUUUUUGUCAA